AUGGAGAUUGAUGAGUUAGGAAAGAAUAAGUCUUCGUCUUCACGUCGAUUAGACUUUACAAAUAUGGAAAAUGAUCGUCAACAUAUUUCUCCCGAAGAAACACCUCAAAUUGGAAAGGAGUUUGACAAUGAAGAAGAAGCGUACCAAUUUUAUUUGGCUUAUGCUAAAAAAGCGGGUUUUGGUAUGAAAAGACACAAAAUGCAUAAAGAUCGAACAGGAAAGAUAAAAUGCAGAAUGUUUUCACGUAGCGCUGAAGGCACAAGGGGAGAAGAUAAAAGAAAUAUUAAUGUGAGAGCACCACGAGCAAUAACAAGAUUUGGGUGCAAGGCAAAGAUGAGAAUUCGAUUGAAAGAGAAUGAAAAAUACGAAGUAUUUGAGUUUAUAUCUGAAAACACUCAUCAACUCGUUAGUCCUCAGAAAACUCAUUUUUUCCCGUCACAUAGGAGAAUAGAUGAAGUUCAUGCUUCCCAGAUAGAUAUGGCUGAAUAUGUGGGACUUGCUCCAAAAGUCUCACAUGAUUUAAUGAUUAAGGAAGCCGGUGGCCGGGAAAGCUUAGGGUUUAUUAGGCAAGACAUUAAAAAUUACUUGCGAUCUAAGAGGACUAAGUACAUGGAGGUUGGAGACACUGGAGGGGUAUUGGAAUAUUUACAAGGGAUGCAAAACAGAGACUUAAAUUCUUCGUAUUCUAUUCAAGUGGAUGAAGAUGAUAUGAUUACAAACAUAUUUUGGGUCGAUGGUAGAAUGAGAGCAGACUAUUUUGAUUUUGGGGACGUAGUUUCUUUCGACACUACAUAUAGAAAAUAUAGGGAAAAUCGUCCCUUGGCCUUGUUUGUUGGUGUUAAUCACCACAUGCAAACAAUAGUUUUUGGUGCAGCACUUUUAUACGAUGAGACUAUUCCCUCGUUUGAGUGGUUGUUUGACACUUUUGUCAACACCAUGUAUGGAAGAAAGCCAACUACAAUUUUGACAGAUCAAUAUCCAGCUAUGGCAAAUGCGUUGGCUUCGAGGUGGCCUGAGACUCAUCACAGGUUAUGUAUUUGGCAUAUUUAUCAAAAUGCCGCGAUACAUUUGGGUGGUAUUUUUGCUGAGCAUAAAAACUUUGCGCAUGAUUUUGGGAGAUGUGUUCAUGAUUUUGACGAAGAAGAUGAGUUUUUGCAUGAAUGGAAUGAAAUGUUGGUAAAAUACAAUUUGGUAGAUAAUGAUUGGUUGAGAAGGCUAUUCAAUUUGAAAGAAAAAUGGGCGUUGGUGUAUGGUCGUCAAUUCUUUUGUGCUGAUAUUACGACGACACAGCGUAGUGAGAGUAUUAACAGUGUGAUUAAAAGGUAUUCUAGUUCAAAGAACAACUUGCGGGUGUUUUUUGAAAAGUUUGAAAAUUUGGUUGAAUCUCGUCGAUAUGAACAGUUGCAGGCCGAUUUCAAAGCAAGUACUAGUGCGCCUGUGCUUCCAUUGCCAAUUCAGCUCCUGAAACAUGCCGCGAGUGUGUAUACCCCAGAAGUUUUUAAAAUAUUUCAGAAGGAAUUGGGAAAAGUGUAUGAUUGCGUUGGAUCUAUUACUAGAUCGCAUGAAACCAUUACGGAAUAUCAGGUUAGCUAUCUUGAGAGAUCAAGGUACCAUAUUGUGAAAUAUGAUUCAUCAGAUAAGACAGUUGCUUGUAGUUGCAAGAAAUUUGAUUUUUCUGGAAUAUUAUGUUCUCAUGGACUGAAAAUUCUCACAAAAAAUGAUGUAUUGAAAAUUCCGGAUCAAUAUAUACUAAAGAGGUGGACAAAAGAUGCAAGGCUAGGUGAUUUGCAUAGUAGAAUGUAUGUCGGGGACCACAGUAUGGAUGAUCCGAAAAAUGAGUUAAGCUUGCGCUGUAAGGAUUUGAGUGUUUUAUGCAACAAACUGGUAACGAGAGCUUCAGAAAAUAAAGAAUCUUAUGAGUUUGCCAGAGAUGCAUUGUUGAAGAUAACUGAAAGAGUGAAUGAACAAUUACAGAGUCGAAAAGAGAAUUCUGAUGGAAUAUCUUUAAAGGACUUUGACAUUGUUGGUAUGAACAAUAAAGACAACAUUCACAUAAAAGGUAUAAAGAAUAGGAAGAAGGUUUUAGGACUGAUUGAGCUUGAGCCAGAGAUGAUUGAUCUUGAUUCUCCAGAAUGUUUUCAUCGGAUCAGAAGCUGUUGA